AUGGGGGCACCGAGGAGCCUCGCCAACUGGAUGGAACGGCAAUGGGGGCACCACCGGCUGCUUAUCCUGAUCACCGCGCUGCUUCUCCAAGACUCCCAAGGGGAUUUGAUGGCCCAAAUCCACACGGUCGGCACAACGGGCACCAUCUCAAUCAGCACCGACGCGGGGAUCCUGCGCUCCAACCUGAGCGGCACCUGCGGCUCCAUCAGGAUCUUCAUCCAUGAGUUCCCGGUGAUGUACGGCGCCUCGUUGGAUCCCUGCGAUGAGCAGCUCAUUGGUCGCCCCAUUUACAAUGUGACCAUGAAUGCGGUGGGAGAGGUGGUCAUCGAUGGCGCCACAGGAUAUGAUGGACGGGCACUGGUGCUGGAGACCUGCGGCCAGAAGACAUGUGUGAACCUCCAGGAGGGCACCCAAGGCACAUGGCGGGCCACGCUCCGCUCCUUCAUCAUCGGCCCGGCGUACUUCAUGCAGUCGGUGGCACAGGAAAUGGUGGUGGCGGUGGUGGACCUGGCUCUCUUGGAGGGGACGCCCACAUCUAACGCCUCACUGCUGUUCUCUGGUACAUGCCGCAUAGAAGACGGGCACCUCGUUGGGAGCGUUGAACUUGGAAACAGCUGCAGGAUUGUGAGGAGUCGGUUGGCGCUGAGGAACGUUACGGUGAUGCCGUUUCUUCUGGUAAAGUACGAGGAGAGAUGGGCGUGUGCAGAGGUGAAGACAAUCACCCCGAAAGAGGCGGUGGCACAAAUCGGCAUGCUGGGAGUCAGCGGCACCUUCACCUUCAGACAAGAGUCACCAUUUCACCCCACACACAUCACUGUGAACCUAUUCAACCUACAUGGGCAUGCUGCCCACUAUGGGGUCCACUCCCUCCCUGUUCUACCACGUCAGUGGCCUGGGCAGGACAUCUGCACAGGGGCCAAUACUGGGGAGCUGUGGGACCCCCUGAAUGUUCGCCAUGAGUCUACAGCAGGUUGGACUGGGCACAGCUCUUGGCCUUUAGGGGACCUGAGUGGUCGUCAUGGAACAAUUCAGGGGGGGAAGACAUUUCUGGUCGAGCUCAUGGACUGGAACUUACCGCUGUUUGGUAAUAACAGUAUCGUGUGGCGCUCGGUUGUCAUAUACAACACCAGCGGUGAGCCGUGGGUCUGCGGUACCAUCCGGCCGGCAGGAGCUACCAUCAGGGCACACACUGUGUUCCGGAGAGGGGUUAUGGGGCGAGUGAUGUUUCUGCAGGCCUCAGGAGACCCGUACGGGGAGGUCUCUAUCUACGUGGAGCUGACCCAUGGCACCCAAAACAUCAGUCUGGGGCACAACUGGCACAUCCACAACUUUCCACUCCUCACAGAGUCCGAGAGCUGCGCCGGUGCCGGGGGACACUUUAACCCAUACAAUGUACCAGUCAAUAAGAACUAUAGUGAAGGGUGCCAGUCAGUGCGCCCCCUGUGGUGUGAAGCCGGAGACUACGCCUCAAAGCACCGACCUCUUUCCUUCCUCAUGGCAGGUCCGGCAAGACACCUGUUUAUCGAUGAGUCAACGACACUCAACGGGCCGAACUCUAUCAUUGGCCAUUCCAUGGUGAUCCACGGGGCAGGUGGCGCCUCCACCAGGGUGGCCUGUGCCAAUAUCCUCCUCCAGCACAGCUCAGAGGCAAGAACCGCUGCUUGGUUUGGUGCUGGUGGUGCCCAUGGGGAGCUCUGGGCCUCACAAGCCUCUGACCUGGACCCAACACUCGUUCACUUCAGUUUCUAUGGACUGAGGGGCCUCGGGGGCGGGUUCCAUAUCCAUCUACUACCUGUGGGCGGAGCUUCAGAGGAUCCUUGCUCAAACUCUCGGAUUAAAGGCCAUUUUAACCCAUUCAGGGUGGAAGCAUCUACAUCUCCUGCAGCCGGGAAUGGCACAGAUGACGAGUAUGAGGUGGGGGACAUCAGCGGCCGGCGGGGGUCUCUACAUGACAAGGAACAUGUGACCAAACAAUACACAGACACGAACCUCCCACUGUCAGGAACACACAGCAUCCUCGGGCGAUCACUGGUGAUUCACUACGACAACGGCUCCAGAAUGCAAUGUGCCAGCGUCCUGCAGGAGUUAUCCUCGGGUGGAGAAUGGGUCCACGCCACGGCAGAGUUUUCUGGAAAUAUCUCUGGCAGAAUCUCCCUG